AUGAAACUAAUCGCUCUGUAUUUUUUAUUGAUUAUAGGAUAUUCGCAAAUACUUGAGAAAUAUCAGAUCAUUGGAAAUCCAAAGCCAAGUUUGGUAAGCAUCUUAACGGAAUUGCAAACUUAAAUAAAAUCAGGUGGAGCACAAACCACAACAAUAGCAUUUUUGGAUAAUCUAAAAUCAACAAUAGAUGAAGAGUAAAUUAGGCAUGAUUAACUAUACACUUAACAAAGAAAUUAAUGUUCAUUAGAAUUAGAGUUAAGAAAAAAAGACAUAAAAGAUGCUGAAUAAGUUGGUUCUAGAGCAAAUGAAUAAUUAGAAAAUUGUUCUACAUCAAAUAAUAAAGCUAGAUCUGAACUAGAUAAUAAUCUGGAGUCUUAAAAAACUACAGAUAGUGAUAUCAAAAUUUUGAAAGGUAUUAGAGAUGAAGCAGCAAGAUUAUUUUCAAAUAAAAGGAGAGAUCACUUGGAUGCUUUAACUUCACUUUAAUAAGUGUUACUUACAUUAGAUGGAUUUACUGGAGGAGACUGCUCUUUAGCUGAAUUAGGAAAAGUAGCCAUGGCUUUUAUUUAAACAGCAGUAAUGGCUAAGAAUGAUCAACCUUUGGUAGAUAUUUCAGAAAUUUUUGCAUAAGUAGCAACUGAAAAUGGAGGAUAUAGAGAAGUGUAUGAAAAACUAAAGCAAUUAAUUGUCAAUUUCGAACAAACUUUAUAAAAAAAUUUAUAAGAUUAUUAAGAAGUUGAAGAUUUAUAAAUCUAGGAAUAUGAUGAUCGAAAUAUCCAUUUGGUUGAGUAUUUUAAUAAUUUAAAAAGAACAGAAUAAUAAUUAAGAGAUCAUAUAACUGCUAUGAGUAUGUGUAUAAAUUAAUAAACAGCUAUUGUAGAUACUGCAAGGGGAAAAAAAGUGAGAAAUCUGUAAAUGUUGGAUUCAGUAGAUAGAAUGUGCAAGGACUUCUUGUCGGAAUACGAAAAGGCAAGCCAGGUAAGAAAGGAUCAAAUUGAUCUUAUAAAUCAGGUGAAACAAUCUGUUUACGAUUUCUAUUCUUAAAAACCAUAAGCUGCUUGUCCAGGCGGUGGAAGUGAAUGA